AUGGAUUCCUGGGUGAGGUUCAGCAGCCAGAGCCAGGCUAAGGAGCGGCUCAUCAGAGCUUCGCAGUAUGCUUGCACGUUCCUCGGGUACACACUGCAGAAGAAUGGAGCCAGCGCAGAGCUCCUCUCCAUCAUCAAACAGCUGGAGGCACACUUUAGCCUCAGCCGGAAAUUGCUUCGGUUGGGGAAUUCUGUUGACGCCUUGGAGUCAGCCAAGCGCGCCAUCCACUUAUCGGACGUCGUCCUGCGGUUCUGUAUCACGGUGAGCCACCUGAACCGUGCCAUGUACUUCGCCUGCGACAACAUCCUGUGGCUGGGGAAGAUGGGGUUGUCGCGAGAUAUGGACCAGGAGAAGUGGAGCCAGCGAUCUUUCAGGUAUUACUUGUUCUCGCUCAUCAUGAACCUCAGCCGAGACCUCUACGAACUCAAGCUCCUGAUGGAGGCCGAAUCCGGCAGCAGUGGGUCCUCCUCCAAACUGGCCGCUGAGAAUGGGGUGGUCUCUCGCAGAAGCCCCUCCUAUCGUCAGGUGGUGGCCUUCCGAAUCCGCCUCCUCUUACACAUCCUCCGCAACAACCCUCCUCUUCUGCUUGACCUGGCCAAGAACACCUGUGACCUUUUCAUCCCGCUGGACAAGCUAGGUCUUUACAAGACCAACCCGGGCAUUGUGGGGCUCUGCGGUCUUACCUCCUCCAUACUGUCCAUCCUGACCAUUGUCCACCCCUGGCUGAAGCUGAAGCCUUGAGUCCCCACUGCCGGUCUUUACAGGACCGAUCGAGG